AAUUCCCCAAAUAAAAACGGGCAUUUCCUAUUUUGGAUUUAUGCCGAAAGGUCAUCGAUUUUUAUAAAUAAGUAUAAGUUCGCUGAAAUCGUUUGGAUAUUUAAGGUUAAAUCGAUAUGGACUUACUGGGAUCUAUUCUAGGAAAUAUGGAGAAACCUCCAUCGGUUUCUGACGAACAAAGAAAGAAGGAAAAAGCGAACAAGAAAAAGUUAGAGAAACUGCAAGAUGAAGAACGAAAAGGCAAAGCAAAGUUUCGUAAAGACACAGAGGAUAGAAUCUCAAAAUUCAUAAACGAUGUCGAUAAAACAAGGCUGAAAUUUGAACCAAUGAACAAAAUACAGAGAACGAUUGUACAUGACGUUGCAGAAAUCGCUGGUUUGAUUGGUCAAGCAUUCGGUAAAGAAGAGGAUGGGAGGUAUAUCAUGUUAUACAAGAAGGAUUAUCCUCCAACAGAAGAAGAAUUAUCAGCUUAUAGGAACGGGGAGGAAUGGGAUCCCAGUAAACAAGCAAAAGAAUCUAAAAAACAGACAGAACAAGUUCAUGAACAACCACUCGAUGUCGCCAAAACAUCUAAAACAACGAACGUAGAACCGUCAACGAAUUACAGAGAUAAAUACAGUCACAUAAUCGGCACAACUUCAGCUAAAGAUGCCGCAAGAAAAACCGAAGCUAAUAAAGCAUUUGGAAUGGUUCCGAGUGAAAAUAAGAGAGACGUUCGUUCAAUAGAAGAAACAAUGAAUGAAAUAAGGAAAAAGAAAAGACAGAAGAUUGAAAACGACGAAGAGUCUUGAUGUCGACUUUAUGUUCUUGUCUGAAUAGUGUGAUUUUCUAGAAUUGUUUUGCAAGUCCCUUCUAAAUCUAACAGCCACAAACUAUGGUCUGCAGGACAAUUUUUGGUUAUUCUAAAGCGUAGCCAGGGAGGUUUUGGGGGUCAGACCCCUCCCCCCAUUUGAAAUGUAAAAAAAGCGUUUUUGUGUAUUAUAAAUAACAAGUUUUUGUAGCAUGAACGCUUUUUAAACCCUCAAUACUCUCAGGUUUUUCGACCUUCGGCUGCUAACUUUUAGGGUUUAACUUGGCAAUUAGAAAUUUCAGAGUCCUCCCCCCCUUGAAAAGUCCUGGCUACACCCCUGGUUAUAUUAAUCAUGUUUGCCUGAACUUACAACAAAUUUCAACAAAGAAUAAUUCUGUUCAUAAACUUGCCAGUACUAAUUCAGCGUUAAAUUCUAGUUCUGCUGAUCAUUAGCCGACUGGUUCAUAGUCCGAAUGAUGACAAUGUUUGACUAUUUUAAUAAACAAAUAUCUUCAACUGUGAAUAAUAAUAAUUGAAUAUUGUUUUUGGAUUCAAAUUUCAUGCUCGCAAGAAAACUCAUCCAGGGUUUAGACAGAUAUGCAAAUUAGUUAGAAAUGAGUGACUGCUUGUCCCGGAUCUUGUUCAGUGUUGAAUGUGAGAAUGAGCGUCAUAUAAGAAACAGAUUAAUUAUAUGAACUUACAAUCUGUCUUCAAAAGUUUGUUUUAAAAAACGGUUUUUAAUUUUCGUGUCGUUAGGUUCACUCCGAUUGUACAAAAUCUUGAAAAAUGAUAAAGUUGCAACUAAGUUCUAGAAAUAGUAGUUCCUUGUGUAUUGUGGCUUUUUGUACUGGACCUUAUUCGGAGUGAAAAUACCUCAGAAAAAUAGUUUGAACAAAACAAUUAAAUUUACUUGUAAUAAAUAACAAAGAAUUUUCUUUCUAUGCUUUUUGAAUAAUGAGCAAUUUAGCAAUGUUUGAAAUUGUGUGAAAUUAUUGCACUUUGAAAAAAAGGAUCACAUGUUUGCUAACUUAUACAAAUGCAUGAAUUUAAAUAUUAUAUUUGAAAUCCAAAAUUGAUUUGAGAUUAAUUGUGUUUUUUUAUUUGAAAUGCUCAUGUCAUACGAGCCUUGACUGAUAAAUAAAUGUUGGGGCUUUUUAAAUGUUCAAUAUUGCAACAGAAGUUAGCAUACUAUGCCGGCUUCUUACCUAAAAUUUCAACUCACAGGGUGACUCCCCCAAAAAGCCUACUACGAAAAAGAAGAAACUUUGAACUUCUGUUUGUGUAUGAUUUGAACCCACAGAUUUCAAUAAUUUACAAAAGUUAUGUUCACUCUGAAUAUGUUUCAAAUGACCUGGGCUCUCGUUUUGUGUCACCGCUGUAUAACAAGCUGAGUCAACAUGGAGAUUGCUAUAUUUAUCUUUCACACGAAAGGAACUUCACCUAAAUCCUACUUUUAUUAAAUCGACAAUUCUUGAUUUUUAGGCAAUUUUUUUAAAUUUGUGAAAUAUAAUUCUGAUCGCAAACAUUG